UUUGCGGAGAGAAGCAAUCUCAUCUGGAUGAUCGCCAACAAUCUCUUGACCCUGGUUGACAAUUGAGAUGAAUGAGCGAUCACCACAGCGGCCCAAGCAGGGGAGGGGAUGGAAACGGGAUGAAACCACACCCAAAGAUUCCCUACCAUGAGUCAGGUGAACCGUGAACGAAGUCCUUUGGUAGAUCGGCGACCCGGGCAAAUUGGUUCAGCUUCUCAGGUAGCUGGCGUAAAUUCUGGCUGUUGCAUCGCUGAAACAUGCGGCCUAACGUCAAAGUCAGGGCCAAAAGUGAUCGUUGUUCCUUCCAUUCUCAGGCCUGCCUGCCAAGGGCCUCAAGGGAGACGCGGCAGAUGCUCCAAAAUGCCUGUAACGUUACUGUAUGUACGUGUAUUGCCAGAACAGAAAUUCUUGACAUUUUCCCGGAGUGAUGGACCCGAAAUUUUUACAUACAUCUCCCGCUUCGGCGGGUCUCGGCGUCAUCCCGAUGAUUUGCGCCGCCGUAUCUCCCACAGCGAUCUCAAGCCGACAUCCCUCGCUCGUUGCCUGCACACUGUGCACACGUCUGGCCAUCCGCAUUUCGCAACCAUCAACACAAUUGCUGGAGAUCAGCGUUACCGCACUGCACUAAAAACGAAAAAUUGCCGAAUGAUCUGCGAUACAACCUGGUGGCUCGCGGCAUCGUCCGGAGCAGCCCUCGCCGAAUCCCCAAGCUGGAGGCUAAUCCACUGCUCAAUUUCUUACAUCUGGGCGAUCCAGAAAUGCCGGACUUGGCAAAGGGUCCCGUGCCCACGGUUACGCCGAUUUGACAUACGAAGGUACUGGUCGAGCUGCUAGACUGUGGCACGGUUCGAGAGGGCGGAAAGACAAAACCAGCUCGGCGUCCGGCAACUUUGAGGCGUCACCUAGCCGUUUUCUAGAUAUACAACACACCGCCGUGUUGGCCCAACUAUUGGGCAGACCGAACAAACAGCGUUGGCUCCUCUCUGGCCUCGGGCCUGGUUAUGCAUUGACCUUUCGGCGCCGAGGUCGAGU